AUUUAAUAAUUAUUUUAUAUUGACAGAAUCCAUGCCAGGGUAAUUUUUUUACAACAUUAUCCCUUGCACUCGUUUCUGUUCCGAUUUUUUUUCCCCUCCCCUAGAUGGCAAGCAGUCCUUUAUAUGUUGGAUAUGUUGCAGUAUAUCCUAGAUACAAUAUAUGUUUGCAGAACUGAACAGUUCUCUUCUUGCACAGGGAGAAUUGGAUUCAGAAGGUAUAAAUAACCCGGGAAGAAAAACAAAAAUGCAGAUAGUUCACAUUCGUUUCCCAGUGUUCUUUCUUUGGGUGUAGCUGCUUCUGUCCGUCAUUUAUCCAUUGAAACUCAGUUAGGUCUCUUUGUCAGAGAAAUCCACUUCCACCAGAAUACAUCCUUAGCAUCAGUUCCUGUAAGCCUCGCCAGUCCUAUUUCCUUUGAAUUCCAAUAGAAGAUUCGGGCCGGUCCCAGGCCCACCCGGAUCUGAGCCAGCUCGGGGCUACACCCACGGGCCCCUUCGGCUAAAUCUCCCAUUAUAAAAGGGCCAACCUGGCAGCCUCAGGCCUGGCUCGCCAGGGAUCUCUGCCCCUGGAACCCUGUGUCCGGAGCCCUUAGCUCUACCUCCCCCCGUUUCCUUAACCUUACUUCCAAUCCCCGUAAUAAGCCUCUUCUAUCAGUCUCCCCCCUAGACCUCCUUUAACGCCACCUCCUCGCGCCGAAUCCAGGGCAGUUGCAGGGGCCUGACUCCUGUACCCCACCCUGCCGCGAGACCCCACGGAACCCGAACUUCGCUGAGGGCCCCGUUUCUAGGCCUGUGCUCUCGGGGCGUCUCUCGGCCGCCGGCCCCGCACGCUUCCAAGCCCCAACGUCCGCCCGGCCCCGCUCCCUCGGUCUGUAGAAGGGCGCGCGCCCUCUCGGGGGGAGGGGCCACGCAGUCCCGCGCAGCCCCGCCCCCGCCUUCGCCGGGACCAUUCCUCCCGCAGCGAAGCGUCCUCCGGAGCCAGGGCGAGCCCUCCCCCCCUCCCCACUACGGGAAAGGCCCCUCGAGGGCAGGGGUAGUUGCCGUCGCCCGAGCUCUCUGGGACAGCGCGCCUCGGUGCGUCUGGGGAACGUGGUGCAAACUUAGGGUCGGUCCCAGAAGGCCGCCCGGAGGAGGGGAACCCGAGGUGGCCGGAACUUUCCGGUGCGGGGAGGAGUCUCGCCGGAAGGCUCGCCAGCGCACCAGCCGGCGAGUGUUUAUUGCGGGUGAGUUUCGUUUCCGGGGUCGACCGGCGUUCCGGUGGCGCCUGCGCGUACGCCUUAGUAACGAAUAAAUGAGCGCGUGCCUGUGCCGGCUAACGUUUUCUCUGCGGGUCGUUGCGAGUGCGCGCGUUCCCCUGCCCUCUCCCUUUCCUUCCUUCUGCUGCCUCCUCAGCUUGCGUCACAGCGACCGCCGGCCCUCCUCCCCCGCCUAACGGUCUUUCUCGGGAGCGAGGGUCGCGCCUGCGCGUGGUGGUCCCCGGGCGCGCUCCUUGGCCCCUCGCGGUGGAGUGCGCCUGCGCGGGGGCCCUGAGCGGCGCGCGCCGCCCCCGCCCUCGCCCCCGCUCCCCCCUCCCCUGGCCGGAGGUGGUGGAUGCGGGGCCUGGAGCGCCAACUCCAGGAGGAGGAGGAGGAGCAGGAGGAAGAGGAAGAAGAGGAGGAGCUCCCGCCGUCUCCCCCGCUACCACCCCUGGUGUUGAGGGGGUCGCUGGCCGGGCCCUGCCCCGGGGCCCCGCGGCCGCCCACCCACGCUUUUAACCAUCUGAGUCCAGCCUCCGGAGGGAGGACGCCAGGAGCCGCUGAGCUGCUGAUGGAAGUUUCUCGUUCGCAGGGUUUACCGAUGGAUUCAGCAGAAAAGACAACAAAUAGAAGCGAGCAGAAGUCUAGGAAGUUUUUAAAAAGCCUGAUAAGGAAGCAGCCCCAUGACCUCUUGCUAGUCAUUGGGACAGGCGUCAGUGCCGCUGUGGCCCCCGGCAUCCGUGCCCUCUGCUCCUGGAGGAGCUGCAUUGAAGCCGUCCUGGAAGCGGCCGAGCAGCUGGAAGUCCUGCAUCCUGGAGAUGUGGCGGAGUUCCGCAAGAAGGUGAUGAAAGACCGAGACCUGCUUGUGGUGGCUCACGACCUGAUCCGGAAGAUGUCGCCGCGCACAGGGGAUACCAAGCCCAACUUCUUCCAGGACUGCUUAAUGGAGGUCUUUGACAAUUUAGAGCAGCAUAUCCAGAACCCCACAGUGCUGCAGUCGAUCCUCAGCCUGAUGGAGCGGGGGACCAUGGUCCUCACCACCAAUUACGAUAACCUCCUGGAGAUCUUUGGCCAGCAGCAGAACAAGCCGAUGGAAUCCCUAGAUUUAAAAGAUAAAACCAAGGUUCUCCAGUGGGCCAGAGGGCACAUAAAGUAUGGAGUUCUUCAUAUUCAUGGCUUGUACACAGAUCCCUGCGGAAUGGUUUUGGAUCCUUCAGGAUAUAAAGAUGUGACCCAGGACCCAGAAGUGAUGGAAGUUCUGCAGAACCUGUACCGGACCAAGUCCUUUCUGUUUGUGGGCUGUGGUGAGACGCUAAGGGACCAGAUAUUCCAAGCCCUUUUCCUGUACUCUGUGCAGGAUAAGGUGGAUUUGGAGCACUUCAUGGUGGUGCUCAAGGAGAACGAAGACCAUUUCUUCAAGCAUCAGGCCGACAUGCUUCUGCAUGGCAUUAAAGUUGUCUCCUACGGGGAUUGUUUUGACUACUUCCCAGAAUAUGUGCAAGACCUUGCUGCUCAGAUCUGCAGACAGCGAAGUCCAGAUGCUGACCGAGUGGACAGUACAACGCUGUUAGGGAACGCCUGCCAGGACUGUGCCAAGAGGAAGCUCGGAGAGUACAGUAUGGGCGUCGAUGUUCCCAAAAGAAUCAGACAGUCAGAUCCAGAUGACUCUGGAGGCUCAUGAGAUCCCAGAGACCCCUGAAGCCUGUGCCUGGAAAACCAGCCUCUAAGCAGCCACAGUGCCGGACCCAGGACCCCCUCUCGGAGCCUGACACCGAGGGUGUGGCCCAGGGUGGGGCGGGGUCCCCACGGCCUCUCCGCACAGGACUCCUAGGGAUUGACAUUUUUACGUUUCAGGUAUACUUGGAAAGGACUGACGGACACCUACCUCAGGGAUAAAGUCCAAUGAUGGCCUCCCUGUUUGUAAAGACCCUUUUUAAAGGGGGGUGGAGGGAGAUGGAAGAACUGGCUCGAGGCCCCACCUCCGGGUGCCGAGGAAACGCGCCUGGGCGUUGUUUCUGUGGCACAGACCCAUUAGAAAGUGGUUUAUUUUGUGAACUAGAAAAGAAGGGUUUUGGGGGCCGUGGACUAGGCAGGGAGGAAGGGGCUUCCUUGGCGGCGGGUAGCACGGCUCUGGGCCAUCCCAAAGAAGUCCCGGGGGCGCCCUCGACCACGUCACACUCCAUUGUACCCCGAGAUCUGGCACAGACGGUUCUCUCUGGGAUGGUCGUAGCUCGGAUAGCCGAGCUGGGUGGUGGCCGGAGGCGGCGGCCGCGGGACCUGGAGUCAGGUGGAGUACGCGGAACUUUGCCAAGGGCCCGCGCCACUCUAAACGGCAGGCCUGGCAUGGCGUCGGGGCGCUCGGCCCGAGCCGUCCGCGUCUGCCCGGCGCCCCCACUGGUGUGAGGCUGCCUCCCCUCGCUGGGAGAUGGGGCCGACCGAGCGACCUCUGGCCAAGGAGCUGCGGUGGAAGCCAGGAGGUGAAUCCAGCCCAUUUGGAAGCCUGGUCCUCUUUGAUGUCUCUGGUCAGUAAAAUAAAGCCGAAAAGAGCUCA